CUUCUGAUUCAAAGUCUUGUUCUUUUCAAAACCCCACUUCCCAUUUCCCCUAAUUUCCCUCAAAAACCCUAGCCGGAGCCACCAACCAGCGCCCAUGGAAGAAGACGGCAUAGACAUGGUUCUUGGCAGAGCCACAGAGCUCCGGUUGAAGAUCAGCAACUGCAUUCACAAGGCUACAACCACCGCCUCUCUCCUGCAAGACCCAUCUUCCGGAGGGGGAAAUGAGGCUGCCAAUGACGGUGGUUCCACCUACGAAUGUCCUGCCGGCGUCACGGAGGACGACGAUGAGGUGGAACGGCUUUUGAAUAUCUGCGAUGCCCUUGAGUCCUUGGAGACCCAGCUCUCUUCUUUGCAGGAAUUGCAACAACAACAACGAUACGAACGGGAAGCUGCUCUGAGUGAGAUCGAACACAGCCGCACGAUACUACUCGACAAGCUCAAGGACUACAAAGGCGAGCAUUUGGAGGUGAUAAACGAAGCAUCCGCCUUUGCUGGCGAGGCAGUAGAGCACAACCAUGAUCUCAUGCUUCCUCCAUAUCCAACCCGUCCGCCCUACGCGCUUCACCUAAACAAUGGCCAAUUACCACCAUCCUUGUCCACUCGCAAAUCUGCUCGCAAUGGGGUAACCUUGAACUACACGACGAACGAUGCUAAAAGGGAGUCAAGCGAGUCGUUGACUACCAGCAAACAAGUGAGCACGAGAAGCUCGACGAACGGAUUAGGUUCACUCCUAGCUGCUGCAGCCAAGGCAGUGUUUACCAUUGUUGGUGUUGUGUCAAUAUUGAGCAUGUCUGGCUUUGGACAACGAAUCGCAGCGAAGAGUGUUAGUCGUCCGAAGAUAUCCAAUGGGUUUGUUGAACAUCCAUUGACCGAGGAAGAGAGACCGAUAAUUCGAUGCCCGCCCGGGAAAAUUCUCACGGUGGAAGACGGGGAGGCGCGGUGUCUGGUGAAAGAGAGAGUCGAAGUUCCAUUUUCCUCGGCCGUGGCCAAACCAGAUGUGAACUAUGGAUGUGGUAGAGGUAAGACCACAAAACAGAACACUUUAUUGGUUCACUGCAUAAAUAGGAUCCUCCAAUAUGAAUUCCCCAACCAAAAAAAAAAAAAAAAAAGCAUCAUCAUGGGCUCUUUCGGAGAAUCCAAGGUUUUCACUGAACACCAAGAAGCUCUUGUGCUCAAGUCAUGGAGUGUCAUGAAAAAGAAUGCUCCUGAAUUGGCCCUCAAAUUCUUCCUCAAGAUAUUUGAAAUCGCACCGUCCGCUCAAAAGAUAUUUCCUUUUCUGAGAGAUGCUAAAGUUCCCCUCGAACAAAACCCUAAGCUGAAACCUCAUGCUUUGAAUGUUUUUACUUUGGCUUGUGAGUCAGCAGUUCAGCUUCGAAAAGGUGGUAUAGCAGCGGCUAGAGAAACCACUAUCAAGAGGCUCGGUGCUAGUCACUUCAAAUAUGGUGUCGUCGACGAACAUUUCGAUGUGACCAGAUUUGCACUUUUGGAGACAAUAAAGGAAGGAAUUCCAGAGAUGUGGAGUGUGGAGAUGAGAGGGGCAUGGGCUGAGGCUUAUGAUCAGUUGGUGGCCGCCAUUAAAGCUGAGAUGAAGCCUUCUUCCACCUCUUAAUAUAUAUAUACAUCUAUAUCUAUAUAUAUAUACAUCUAU